GGGCAGGCUUUAAAAUGACAGGUAGAAAUGGCCGCUAACCUGAGUUUCACAGUCCUGUUUUUUGUUUCAUUCUGUUCCACCUCUCGUGUAAGGACACUCGUUUUGUUGUAGUGGUGUAAAACUGUAAUGUCGACGCAGUUUUACCAGAUGAGUACCAAGCUGCUCGGAGACACUGUCGGUGAAUUAAACGACAGUUUAACCUCAGUGGUUCUGGCAGGUUUGUUGUUCACCCUGACACUCGGUUAUGUCUCCAAACGGCUGCUCAAAGAGGCCUCUGACGAGAACCUGAAUUCUCCUCCUUACAUACCCUCCAGCAUCCCUUUCCUCGGACAUGCCAUUGCGUUUGGAAAAAGCCCCAUUGAGUUUCUUGAAAAUGCUUAUGAAAAGUAUGGUCCCGUGUUCAGUUUCACCAUGGUGGGGAAAACCUUCACCUUCUUGUUGGGCAGCGAAGCAGCAGCACUCAUGUUCAACAGCAAGAAUGAAGAUCUGAACGCAGAAGAUGUCUAUUCCAAACUGACCACUCCAGUGUUCGGUAAAGGGGUGGCCUAUGAUGUGCCGAACAAUGUUUUUCUGGAGCAGAAGAAGAUGUUUAAAACCGGACUGAACAUUGCUCGUUUCAAACAGCACGUCAAGUUAGUUGAGGCAGAGACCAUUGAUUAUUUCCAGAGAUGGGGAGACAGCGGGGAGAGAAACCUGUUUGAGGCUCUAUCAGAGGUGAUCAUCUUAACAGCCAGCAGCUGCCUCCAUGGGAAGGAGAUCCGCAGCAUGCUGAACGAGCGCGUAGCCCAGCUUUAUGCCGACUUGGACGGAGGCUUCAGCCAUGCCGCUUGGCUCCUACCCACCUGGGUGCCCCUGCCCAGCUUCAGGAAACGAGACAAAGCUCACAGAGAGAUUAAGAAAAUGUUCUUCAAGGUGAUUGAAAAACGCCGGAGAUCUGGAGAGAAAGUAGACGACAUCCUGCAGACCCUCAUCGACUCCACCUACAAAGAGGGUCGACCAAUGAACGAUGACGAGAUCGCAGGGAUGCUGAUUGGUCUCUUGCUGGCGGGUCAACACACCUCCUCCACCACCAGUGCCUGGUUGGGGUUCUUCCUGGCCAGAGACAAAGCUCUGCAGGAGCGCUGCUAUGCAGAACAGAAGGCGAUGUGUGGAGAAGGUCUGCCACCGCUCGACUAUGAUCAGUUGAAGGAUCUCAGUUUGUUGGAGCGCUGCUUAAAGGAAACUCUGAGGCUCCGCCCACCAAUAAUGACCAUGAUGAGGAUGGCUCGAACGCCUCAGACUGCUGCGGGGUACACCAUCCCUGUGGGUCAUCAAAUCUGCGUCUCCCCGACCGUCAACCACCGUCUGCGGGACACCUGGGUGGAGAGGAUGGAGUUUAACCCUGAUCGAUACCUUAAUGACAACCCUGCUGCAGGAGAGAAAUUUGCCUACAUACCAUUUGGAGCUGGGCGUCAUCGCUGCAUCGGAGAAAACUUUGCUUAUGUCCAGAUCAAAACCAUCUGGUCCACGUUGCUGCGCCUGUACGAGUUCGACCUUGUGGACGGAUAUUUCCCCACAAUCAACUACACCACAAUGAUCCACACCCCUCACAACCCCAUCAUCAGAUACAGGAGGAGGAAGCUGUGAGAGACAGUGAGCGAUGUGAGAAUCAAAAGACAGGAGGUGACUUCCAGAAAGUUCUCACAUCCUGGGACUUGAUUUGAGGAAAAUACGGAUGAAUGCGCCUUGUUACCAUUCUGUGCUUUUACACUUCUGUUAUUCAGUCUAAAAUGCAAAUGUCAAAGAAUACAUUAGAGAAAAAUGCAUCGUUACUCCAGCUUCAAAGAUAUACUCGCAUUCAAAUGAGUUUUUAAAGCAUAAAGAAAAAAAAAAACUGAAUUAAGGUGCCUUAUGAC